AUGGCAGAAAAUGGACUUAGUCAGCAGGAUAUUGAGGCACUGUCAAGUUCUUUUACCACUGAUAACGUGACGCAGAAAGAAUGUUCAAGCGGAGAUAUUUACGACUUAUUGUUUAACAUGUUGAAUAAAAACGGUCAGAACUCGACUUGUGACAACUUCCAAAAGCCGUCAGAUCCUGUAACCUACAGAGAUGGUCGUCUAUUUUAUGUCUAUUUGACUCCUGUGAUUUUGAUCAUUGGAAUACUCGGCAAUUCUCUUUCUCUGAAUGUGUUUAUGUCAAAAAAUAUGCGUGGAAUGUGUGCAAGUGCCUAUCUAGCUGCUCUUUCAGCAUCAGAUUUAUCAACUCUGAUCUUUUACGUAACAGUAGAGUGGCUUCGAAGAGGAAUUGUGUACAUAUACCCAGAAACAAAGAUGGCGUUUCUUGAAUAUAAUGGAUUUUGUCAGGUAUUAAUGUAUUUAUCGUACGUCUCACGAUUCCUUUCCUCAUGGCUUGUAGUAGCAUUUACAGUUGAACGAUACAUCGGCGUCUGUCAUCCAUUACGCCGACGUCACAUCUGUACAAAAAGUAGCACAAGGCGAAUAAUCGCUGUGAUAUGUUUAUUAUCAUGUAUUUUGGUUCUGUACAAACCUGUUCUCAGCGGAGUAUAUUACAGUGCUGAUGGAACUCAAUAUUGUACCAGUAACAAACGAUACGAUUUCCCAUCAUUCGUACUCGAUUCAGCCUUCGCUGUGACAAUUACACUUGUUCCGUUUUUAAUUAUCACGAUAUUGAAUAUUCUCAUUGUUCGAAAAUUAGUGUACACAAACAAACGUCAGCAACACUAUACAGUGAAAACAAACAAUAUACAAAGUGUUAAAUCUGCAAACAUUAUUAGAACAGAAGAAAGCAUUAUCAAAUUAGAAUUUACACUUAUAUUAUUAGCAGUGUCAUUCUUUUUUAUUGCAUUCAAUGUUCCUUAUUUUACAAUAUGGUGUAGGAAUUUUAUAUAUAACAAGUAUAUUUCACAGACAGAUAGUGUUUCAUUAGGAGACAUUGAAUAUUGGCAAGGAAUUCUAUACAUAUCAAGAACUAUAUUCUAUAUGAAUUAUUGUAUUAAUUUCUUUUUGUACAGUAUUACAGGGACCUAUUUCAGAAGGGAAGUCAAGUUUUUGUUUACUCUUAAAAGACAGGCCUCUUAUGAGUUUAGACAAUCGUCUCGGAAUGCUAACACCAAACUUGCUGUAUCGUGGGUUUGAUGUUAGCUUACCGAGCGUUGUAAAGUCGAAUAUAUCACUCUUGAGUUCUUUUUCUUCCGAAUACGAGAGUAGACUCCUAGGUAGGAGUGUAAAACUUCCCGGAUGAUAUAUGAGUUAUGUCCUUCACUAAAAAUGUUCGUCG